AUGUCGACUCUCUUCGGCGCAAGCCAGCCCCAGGCAACCUCUUCACUAUUUGGCAAUAAUGCGAACAAGCCAAGUCCCUUUGGUGCCCCGGCAGCACCAGCCCAGCCCACCAGCUCUCUGUUCGGCGGAACACAAAACCAAUCAUCGACAGGAACUGGAAUGUUCGGCGCAGGUGCUCCCAGCACCAAUGCCAACCAACAGCAAACUGGAAGUCUAUUUGGUGGUGCGCAGCCACUACAGCAGCAGCAGCAGCAGCAGCAACAGCAACCAUCGACCGCGACCGGAGGAUUAUUCGGGGGUGUCAAUUCCAAUAACCAACAGCAGAGCAGUGUCUUUGGUGGACAACAGCAGCAGGCGCAGCAACCGCAGCAAUCCCAAUUCGGCCAAACUACGAUGGCAACACCACAAUCUCAGCAGCAGCAGCAGCCUUCCCUCUCAUCAAGUCUUUGGUCUCCCGGCCGUGCGAUAACUGGAGUGCAUCGAACUGUCCCUAUGCAAGUUGCUAUUAUCAAGGAUAAAUGGGACCCGCCGAGCCAGACAUCUCCAUUCCGAGCUUAUUUGUAUAACAAUGUUGGUGAGGAGGCCGCGCCGUUCUACCAACCUGGCCCCGAGGAUGACGAAUCUAAAUGGGAGGAGGCAUUGCGCAAACGUCCGGGCCCAGGGUAUGUUCCUGUGCUCGUCAAGGGCUUCUGGGAUCUCGGCAAGCGCGCCCAGCGACAAAGGGAUUUCCUCACUAUGAUGCAGUCGCGCCUGCAUGAGAUCAAUAACUGCCUGACUGGACUCCUCUCGAAGCACGACCUCAACAUUUCUGUUAAGAUCGCCGACUGUCGUCGAAAGCACAUGAUUCUGAGCAAGCGGUGCCUCGCGCUUGCCGCGAAGACACAAAUUCUUCGCAACCGAGGCUACGCCAUGGAUGAAGCCGAGGAGGAGUUGAAGAAGAAGCUGUUCGACCUGGAACGUGAUGUGUUCGACCCAUCUCUCAAUGGUCGCGCCGAAGAAAUUUGGGCCCGUAUGCUGGCUAUCCACGAGCACUCUAAGCGACUACAAGUAGAGUUGGACCGUGCCGGCGUGAACGUGACGCAGGCAGACGAUGAAAUUGACGAGCAGACAUUGAAGACAGCGAAGAAGGUUGGUCCCUCUCGGGUUUAUGUUACACCUUCUGAACAGUCCACUAACAAUAUUCUGCAGAUCCUAGAUGACUACCACUCCCAGAUCCAACAUCUGCAGAAGGAGAUGGAGUCAAUCAAAAGUGACUUCGCGGAGACUGAGAAGGCCAUUGGGCAUUAA